AUGCGAGGAUGUCCAUUUAUUAACGAGGGCUACGACUGGGAAAAUAUAGCUGCUGAUGCUCUUUGGCGUAGCAAAAGCUUGGAAUGUCUUGAUUGUGAAAUGGACUUCCAUCCGACCCCUGAAGACGACUGGUGCGAUGAUGAGUUGUGUGAUCCCAGUGACUUCUACAAGCGAACUGUUUUUCCAUUGAGCAUGAAUCGUGGCUAUCAACGGGUCUCGGAAGCACAAUCCAUCACGCCGCUCUCAGCCAAUUUGUGGUCACAUAUUCUAGCAAGAGCAGCAUCAAUAUUCUACUGUAACAAACGUUGCGAAGACGACGAAGAUAACGACAGAAGCGACUUUUGGGAUGUCCCAGCUUCUGAAAAAUCGAGAGUUGAUGUCUUAUUUUCGUUAUUGAAAGAGCAGGUGGCAGGACAAUGGACGUAG